CAAAUCUUGUCUGCCAAAUCAACUAGUGUAGCCCACAGCCAUACGACAUAGCCAGAUCAGGACCUAACACAACUCCGUAUGCUAUAAUGUUUAUCUGAAAUAGACUACAUUUUCUUCAUAUCAUGUUUCUUUAGACCUGUCUAAAAUACAUAAUGGAUUUAUUGUGAUGGUGUAGUCUAUGGUUUUAUUAGACUUUUUAAAAUGUAGAUGUUCCAAAGGUCUGCGUCAGUGGCUUGUAGGCGACGCAUAGAAGCCAGGAGAUGCUAAAUGUGUUUGUUAAUUACCGUGAGACCGGCAGUUAGUUGCAUUGACAAUCUUCGGCUGACGAAAUGUCAUGACUGCCAGAGCCCUAAACGGGACCGCCGAGUGCUGAAGCACGUAGCGCAUAAAAAUGGUCUGUCCUCUGUUGCAACACUCAGCACAAGAACGGUUUGUUUUAUAUUCACAGCCUACUAAAUGCUGUACUACUUUUGUAGUUUAUGUUAAAUGUCAAAUAUGUUUAACUGAGCAACACGCAGUAGAAAAACAAGCAGUGCUAUUUUAAGAUCAUGUGGUUGAUUUGCAAAAUAAAAGAUGACAAAUGAUUAAUAGUUACAAUUUUCCUCAGACUGAUCAUGCAAUACCCUACUCAGCAGUGAGCUCGUAGACUGAAGUGGAAUAAUGGCAGAGCAACUUGAUGAACUGCCUGUUGAAAAAUGGACUGACUCCCACGUGAGCUCCUGGUUAAGAACUAUUGGAGUGAAGGAGCAAUACAUCAACAAACUUUAUGAGGAAGAGGUAGAUGGGAGAAUCCUCCUUGUACUGACUGAGGACUAUCUGAGAAAAGAGAUUGGAAUGAAAUCGGGGCCAGCUCUGUUGAUCAUCAGAAAGAGAAAUGAGCUUGUAGAUACCAAACAGAGAACUCAGGGCAAGGAAAAGCCUCAAAGUAGCAACAAUAAUAGUGAAAAGGGAAGUAAAAAGAAGAAGCAGGGAUCAGCUCACCAGAUUCCAGAGACAGAUCAAGGUCUUUCAGAGGAAGAGAAACAAACUCAUCAAGGACAAUCUGAGGACAAUGUGUUAACCACAAAGAGAGACUGCAAGCCACGGCCAUUUGACAAAGAAGGCAUUGAUUUCACAUAUGUCAAACAUAGUGUUCUGCAACCUGAAUCUGGUGUAUUUGAUCUGAUCUCUCCCUGUCAUGAGUACAAGUCACUUGACAAUGCUGCCAAAUUGAACCGCACAAGACUACAGGCAAAAUUUGCCAAAGAGGUUCUCAAAUUCGGCAGUGGCUGCAUGAAUAUCAGAUCAAAUGGCACAAUACACUUUGGUGUGAUGGACAGUAGGGAUGAUGCAGGCUAUGUGCAUGGCGAGAUAAUCGGUGUUCCGGUUUCUGAGAAAGAUAUAUAUGUUGAUGCAUUGGAUCACAUUGAGAAGAGUUUCUCUCUCUCUGACAGUGAGCAUGUGCGACAGUGCAUUCGCCCACCUCGGUUUAUAGAGGUCAUGGACAUGUAUAGCACAGAACAAAGAUACGUGGUGGAGGUUGAUAUUGUUCCCUCCAUAAGCAUUGUUAAGAACCGAGUGUACUCUGUUCGUCUGCCGAACUUCAAAGAGUCCUCUAACAAGAUUGAGCAUGAAAAGGAAACAAUCUAUCGCAGGGUAGGAUCAAAAACCGAGCCAGUGAGUGAUCAAAAUGACUUCUACCAGCGAGUCAGAGACAGAGAUGGCCGAAGAGAAGAGGCUGAGCAUUGUCGAUAUGUUAACACCCCAGACAUCUGCCAAGACCUUGGAAGGAAACUCACCAUGCUGAUAACCAGUGGCAAGAAAUUCAUUGAAAAGGAGAAAUGGUACAUUCUUGUCACUAACAAGUUCAAACCAGAUGACUUGAGCAACAUUGACUUCUUGCUCAACAUGAACAUGUUCUGUGUGUUCGACUUCGACCCAGAUUCCAAGCUGUCAGGACUGUGCAGUAAAUACAUCCAGCACCAUGCUGCAAAUAUACAUUUCAUGCAGAACUACAAAAUACCAAGUGGUAUGAGCAUUGACGAUUUUGUGAGCCAUUUGCAUUUGUUUGAGCAAACUAGCUGGAUCUUUUGCAAUGGACGAAGCGAUUACAAAGGGAAUGAAAACCCCUCUGAUGAAAUGACAUGGAUCAAAACGAAGAUGACACUCCUCAGGGAAUCCGUGUCACUGAUCUGCAAACAGAUCUUGCCAAAAGGAACAUUCACUGUGGUCUUCCUUCUCACCUCCCCAGUUGAGAAACCACUUUUGCACACCUUCUAUGAGUUUUUCACAGAUAUGGAAGGUCAUGAAGACAUCAUUUGCAUCUCAGAAUCUGAGGACAACUAUCAGAAAUGGCAAAGUUUUGCAGAGGGUUCAUGUGGAACAGAAACUGUGAACCGUUCCAGUGUUGUCGGGAUGAAAAUGAGCCAUGUUGAUGCGACGCUGCAGCAAAUCCAACCUGUAACAUCUCGAGACACCAAACACUUGCCUAUCUACCUGAAAGGACAGUGCCUUCUUGAAACUCGUGAGGAGGAAAGGAUGUAUUCCUUGGAAAUCCUGAGUGUCAAUCAUUGUGAUGAAACAAGCGACGAUUACAUCAAAGCAGAAAAAGAAAACAUUGAAAGACAGUUUUACCACGGGGGAAGAGUGACCUGGUUGAAUUUCUGGCUUGCAGAGAAGAAGUUUGUUGGAGAAGUGAUUCAAAGGGAUGCAUACAGGGAGGUCUCCGAACUUCUCACUGACACAAUGAAAUGGGGUGUAGACAGACCUGUGAACAGUAUCAACAUCUACCAUCACCCAGGAAGCGGUGGGAGCACAGUGGGAAGGCAGGUGCUGUGGAACAAGAGGAAAGACCUAAGAUGUGCUGUUGUGAAGCUGUCAUACUCAGCAGCCACUGUAUCUGAACAUGCUGUUCAACUCCGAGAGUAUGAGGAAAAAGAUCCUGAGAAAUGUCUCCCAGUGCUCCUGUUGAUAGAGGACUGUGACAAAGAAUACCUUGAUGAGAUGAGGAAUGAAUUGGAGUUUGCCAUCAACACUAAGAAAAUCAAACAAGGAACACCGUGUUUCAUUCUGUUGAGCUGCAGACGAUCACAUAACCCAGAGAAGAUGUGCAAGGACUCGCCAUUGCAGAAUGUAGCUGUCACUCACAAACUAUCAAAAGAAGAGAAGAGACAGUUUGCUGGGAAACGGCAGCAGCUUGAAGAACAGUACCAGCCAGAAUUCAUUUUGACAUUCGUAUUGAUGAGUGAAGAAUUUGAACACCAGAAGAUUGUUGAGUAUGUUGCGCAAUUUGUGAAACAUUUGCUCCAAGGCAUCGAUCAUGAAGCAGUUGUCACUCGGCUCAUUCGGUAUGUGGCAUUGCUCAACACUUAUGUUCAGAACUCAUUCAUUUCCCAGUCCCAUUGCGAAGCUCUGCUAUUAUUCACCAUUCAUAUGGAUCGAUUCCGCCAGCAUGCUUUUGAGAGAUCACUGAGUGAGCAGGCCAAACUUGUCUUUAUACAUCUUAGAGAUGACAAGACACACAUUGAAUCAAUUCGAAUCAUUCAUCCACUUGUUGCAAAGGAAAUCCUUCAGCAGCUCCUCGGUGACCAAAAGCAGCAAAGUGGGUUGGCCAUGGAUCUUCUCCACGAGGAUGUGCUUUUUGAGCACAGAUUUGGAAAAGAAGAUUAUGCAAAGUUUUUGCGAGCCCUGUUCAUGAGACGUUGCAGAGUAAGUAAAGGUGAUGAAUCAAACAGCUUUUUCUCUCCUCUCAUUGAACAUGUGAGUGAAAAGGAAACCCCUGACAAGGCAAUCGAGCUCCUCAAGGAGGCAUACAAACGCUUCAACAAAGAUGCAUUCUUUGCUCAGCAACUUGCUCGCCUGAAUUACUCCCAUGAGAAGUUUGAAGAGGCAAAAGAUUGGGCAGAGAUUGCAGCAAAACAAAUGCCUAACAACUCUUACAUUCUUGACACAAAAGGCCAGGUAUACAGAAGAUGGUUCAACGCCAAGUGUAAAGCAAUUGAGAAAGUACCAAAAACGGCAGAAAAUACAGCAGAUGCUGUUGAAACUGCGCUGAAAGCAAUGGAGUGUUUCAGAGAAUGUGAGAAAUCUGCUAUCUCGGACCUUGAAAACAUGAACAACAGUGGCUUUUUUGCUGCAGUUGAAGUUGGCUGCAGUCUGUUGAAGCUCGUAUUCUCAUUGCGUGUUUUCUCAAGCAAAACGUAUGGCCACUCAGAAUGUAUGAAGUACCUUCUCACCGAUUACAUUCCUGAGGAAGUGAAGAAGCCCUGGGAGAAUUUUCACAGCAAUUUGAAAGGCCUUCAAAUGACACUACAUGAAGCCCUGGAGUGGAUCUCGGAAGACCUGAGUUAUUUCCAGACAGACAUCAGUGCAGAUGAGGAGGAGACGAUUGAAAGCUCUGAGAUGAAAAUAAGCCAUCCAAUGACAUGGUUGGUAAGAAAAUCUUCUGAGUAUGGUAAAUAUUUCAGUGAUGCCUCUCUCGGUAUUGCCCCAAAGCUGUGCCAGUCGAACCCUGUGAGUUUAACUCCUUUCAUGAAACGCAUGAUCAUUUACCGGCUUGGUGGGGGGAAUAUAACUUCGAUCUUCUCCCUUCUGACUGACCAGAAAGAAAGAGACCAAGUCAAAGUCCUAGAGAAUAUCAUAUCUCUCUACCCCAGCAACCCUCUGAUGGCCAGGUUGGAUCAAAUGGAUCUUGUCAAUUACAUAGCAGCUCAUAUUGCUCUGAGUUGCCUUACAACCCAAUCUCCAAAGUUGGCUGCUCUGAAAGACCUUCAGAAACUCAGUCAGCAGUUCCCAACAGAGAAACGGAAGUGCCUGUCCAGUGCUCUGUUCCUGCUCAUCUUACUCUUCUGGCCAGAAGAUCAUGACACCGACCCUGAAAAGGAGACCAAAUACAACAUUGUUCUAUCAUCUGUUGAGUACCUCAAAAGAAGCUACUGGACCAAAAUGAAGGAUAUACCACAAAGGAAGAAAAGGAUUUACACCCACUUUUUUCUGAGUAAUGGAAGUGGAUGGGACAAGAUUGUCCACAAGAGCAAGGUUGAAACGAUUACAAAGGUCCUCUCCAUCUCAGAAAAGAGAAUGAAGUGGUUCAGUGGGGAGGUGUGGAAAAUGCCAGAGAUGAAAAAACUGCUCAGGACUGUGUCUGGGUGGACAGAAGAUGGGAUAGUCUACCUUGAGGGCCCAAAAGAGAAGAAGUUCACUAUUCCUCAUCUGAAAGCAGCCUCUGUGCCCUAUGACAAUGAAAACGUCACAUUUUACUUGGGGUUCACAUUUAGAGGACCUGUUGCGUACAACAUCACUGUGAAAAAGUAGGGUCGUAAUAGAAGGCUGAGAGACCAAUUAGACAGAUGCUGCCAGACAAAGCAGUCUGUUAUUGAAUAUCUCCUGAACAUUUUGGACCAAUAUACCAAUGAAUGAGCAGGUUUUAGAGCGCAUUGUCAGAGGAAGAUGUCACAUUUUGUUUGUGUGUAUAUAUAUAUAUAUACGUGUAUGUUCAUUUUUUCCCCCCUUCAGCUUAUUGUCAAAAGACAGAAUUAAAUGCUGCCUGUAAAAAAUGUAGCUAACAAGGCAAUUGUAUGGAUAUUUUGCAUACCAUAAGUGUAAAGUUAUUUCUGUUUGACUACUUUGUUGCAAGUGUAGUUGGUCCAUUUGGACCAAAUGUUCAACCAUUAUGUGGACUGAAAAUAUGAAGGAAUGUGUUGUCAAGUUAUGCAGUCAUGAGAUCUGUUGUUUUUGUUUUAUUCUUGAAGAAUAUUGUAUAUUUAUUAUGUCUUGUCUUAUGCAGCAAGCCUGUGUAAUAUUAUAUAUGUAUUGUGCCCAAAAUGUGGCAUUUGAUGACCAAACAACUUUGUACUUUUCAUUCAUUUAUUGAACGUUUCCCCAGUGAAAUGUCCCCCUCUAUAGGAUUUUCAGAUUGUAAUUGUAUGUAUUUUUUUGUAGCCAUUUUUAAUAUUGUCUUUUUGUAUGAAGAAUGACUAAUGCGAAAAUUGAGUUAUAGUAAUUUAAACUCAUUUCUAUUAAAGGUGCCAUAACUUUG